GCUGACAGGGAGUUCCCAUCUGGCACCAGAGAUUUAUUAUUUCUCUCACUCGGAAAAUUGGAAGGAUCAGCAUCUUCUAUCUUAUGCCCGACGAAGGAUGUUCCUUUCACCAAGCGUGACACAAGCAAAACUAGGUAGGUGAAAUCAAACCCCUUUGAAAGAUGACAUAUUCAGUGGAACUGCUGCUUUCCUUCACUCAACAGAAAGAGCACGCACGGUCAAGGACGUUUUAAAUCUUUCAUUACCUCACACCUCUACAAGGAUUGUAUUCUACUCAUGCCAAGGUUGUUUGACUGCACAUGAGGAGAACAUGUGAAUCUAUCAUGGCUGUAGCCGGAAUGUACAUACAGGACCGGGCAGGCCUCACAGCAAACCUCAACGACUACAGUCUCUACAGCGAUCUAUCUGAUGAUGAGCUGAUGCAGCUGGCUAUUGAACGCAGCCUCACUGAAAAUCACAUUUUGACCAGUGCUGACCAGAGGCAACCCGCUGUCCAGAAUCAGCCAAACCGUUGUGUUCGACUAAACAGUGAAACGAAAUACAGUUACUACUUUGAUACGAACAGGCCACCACCAGAUUAUGAACCAGAAAACAAUGUGAUGUUAACCCCAUCGUCUGCAAACCCCAGCCCAUCACUUCCUCUAGACUACAGUCCUCUUAUGUCACUGAUCAAACAUGGACAGAUGAAGACUCUGAAAGAGAUAACAAUAAGCAACCCCGGUGUUUUCAUCAAACCAUUCACUGACGGUUGGGUUGCACUUCACGAGGCUGCCUAUUAUGGUCAAGAGGAAUGUCUCAAUCUCUUUUUAGAUGUCAAUCCUGAGGUGGUGAACCAGCGCAGUCUGACUGGACAGACGCCCCUUUACCUGGCCUGUUCUUCUACCCACAUGGCCUGCGUCAGGUGCCUUCUGCUGCGAGGAGCCGAUCCAAACAUCCCCAACAUGCAGCGUGAAACUCCCCUCUACAGAGCAUGUGCGAACGCAAGUGAGAAGAUUGUGGAGAUCCUUCUCAGUUUCGGGGCCACGGUGAACAAGGGAGUUCAGUAUGAACAAACACCUCUUCAUGAGGCGGCCAGGUUGGGCCAUCAGAAGAUAUGUAGGAAGCUGCUGAAGGCUGGUGCCAAGAUUGAUGGAUCUGAUGUGAACGGGAUCAAACCUUUCUUUACUGCAGCCCAGAAUGGCCAAACGGACAUCUUAACCUUUCUGAUAGAAAAUGGUGCUGACAAGAACUCCCAGGCAAACGAUGGGGCCACAGCCCUUUACGAAGCUUCAAAGAAUGGUUGUGAGGAAACUGUGAAGCUGCUUCUGGGUCUGAGAGCCGAUGCAAAUAAAGAAACCAAGUCUGGCAUUUUGCCCAUUCACAUCGCUACCCGGAGAGGACGUCCAAGUAUCGUGCAAAUGCUGAUCUGUGCCACGGCCAUGACCAAAGUUAAGGAAUGUGGCAUUAGCCCCCUGCACAUCGCAGCCGAAUACAACCAGGACGACAUGCUGGAGAUGCUGAUAGAGGCUGACUUUGACGUGAACUUUCAGUUGUCGGUGGAUCAGUCCAAGAUGUAUCAGGACAGGCGCACGACAGCCCUUUAUUUCUCAGUCUACAACUGCAACGUAGAGGCGGCCACCAUGCUUCUGGAGGCGGGAGCUAACCCAAACCUGGACACGGUCAACCCGCUUUUCGUUGCGGUUCGGCAGGGUCCCAUCGAACUGUUUCAUCUACUGGUGGAGCACGGCGCUAACGUCAAUGCACACAACCCCACUCAACCGUCCACUUUCCCCUUCGUGUUGGUGUUCUGUAUGAAGUACCUGUCGAUACUCAAGUAUUUGUUGACCAGUGGCUGUGAUGCCGUAUCCUGCUUCGACUGCAUGUAUGGGAGCAGGCCACACCCGCCAGUUCAAGUAACGCAGAGCGUCUAUGACAGCCACAGCACCAAUGGGUCGCCUAAACGUUAUUUCCAGUUCUGCGAUGCCAUCUCUGAGCCGUCUGUGCACCCCUGGACGAAAGAAGUCCUAUCUAUCCUCCUGGAUUAUGUGGGUCAUGUACAACUGUGCUCCCGACUGCAGGAGCAUCUCGAUAGUUGCGGUGACUGGUCUGAUGUUAAGGACAAAACAAUGUCACCACGUCCAUUGAUGCACCUUUCUAGGAUGAUGAUUCGACAGUUAAUGGGAGCCCAAAGACUGAAGCACAUCAACUCUUUGCCUCUUCCAAAAAGUCUAAUCAAGUUUCUUAACUAUGACAUAAAAAAUCAUUAGAUCUUUCAUAUGAUGUGGUUAAAUAACACAUCAUAUCUAUAUCAACAGACAAAAGCCAACAAUAGUUUGUGCACAUCUACAUGUCUGACUUUGAUAAAAAAACAAAUUGUGAGUUUAUAUUUUGAAAUGAUUGUGUAAGACUGAGCAAAUGUACUUUUAAGCAAAUAUGUUUUUAAAGACUUUAUAAAGUGUUGCUAAAUAGUAAAAGUGACACUACAUUAUUAAUUGGUGGAACAUACUGUAUACCGUUAGAUAAGAUGAUGUCUUACGUAAUGUCUAAUGGUCCAGGAACAUGCUCAAAAUCUUGCAGUAACAAUUUUUGGAAUACCAACAGAAUUGUCAUUUUAAACUUCUUUAAUGAUUGUAUCAAACUACACAAAUAACUUAAACAUAAUUCAACCACACAAA